AUGGACUGGUUACAUUCUGUAAUUCAAAGGAGGCAGUUGCUAAAAAUGGGGAAAGACGUAUUGCAUCCGUCAAUAGCACAAACCUGGAUGCAAGCUGGUUACUGGGAUUCAGGUAGUGAAUUCCCCAUUUCUGAUAUAAAUUCUGCUCUCUUUACUCACCUUAUUUGGGCUUUUGCAAACCUGAAUUCCUCCUCCUAUCAGCUCUCUAUUUCGUCUUAUGAUGAGCGAUACUUCUCUGUUUUCACUAAUACUGUCAAACAGAAAAACCCAUCAAUAACCACGCUUCUAUCCAUAGGGGGUGGAAGUGCAAACCAUUCGAUCAUACUUUCAAUGGUAAGCAAUUCCUCCCACAGGAAAUCUUUCAUUGAUUCCUCAAUAAAAACAGCUAGGCUUUAUGGUUUCCAGGGCUUGGACUUUUGCUGGCUUUCAGCCAACACCAGCUCUGAUAUGAGCAAUAUGGCUGUUCUCUUUGAAGAAUGGCGAGCUGCAAUUGAUUCAGAGGCGAGAAAUUCUAGCCAAUCUGAGUUGAUAUUGACUGCAGUAGUUCUAUUCUCGCGGUAUUCACAGUCCUCAACUUUUCCAGUAGAUUCAUUGAAGAGAAACUUGAAUUGGUUACAUGUUAUGGCUUAUAACUUCUAUACUCCAAAGAGGGAGAACUUUACAAGGGCUCAUGCAGCUCUGUAUGACCCAGCCAGUACUUUUAAUAUAGAUUUUGGUAUAGAGUCAUGGAUUAGUGGAGGAUUACCAGCCAGUAUGUUGGUUUUGGGCUUGCCUCUCUAUGGCUAUGCAUGGACACUUGUGGACCCCAAGGAUAACACCAUUGGCGCACCAGCAUCAGGACCAGCUAUUUCAGAACAUGGGGGUUUGACGUACAAGGACAUCACGAAUUAUAUUCAAAGAUAUGGAGCCAAUUCAGCGUAUAAUGGUACAUAUGUAGUGAAUUACUGCACUGUUGGAGCGACCUGGAUUGGUUUUGAUGAUGUUGAGGUUGUCAAAAUUAAAGUUUCCUAUGCCAAGGAAAAGAAAUUGCUGGGUUACUUUGUUUGGCAAGUUCCCUAUGAUGACAACUGGAUGCUUUCCCAAGCUGCAUCUGCUUCUGCCAACGCUGAUAUUCCACAAAAGAAAGGGCGGUUAUUGCUGAUUACUAUUUUGAUUCCAAUUGUUGUGCUCUUGCUUUCGGUUGGCGCGUUGGCGUACCACUUGUUAAGGGUAACGAGAAAGAGGGAAGAGAUGGUGCACGUAGCUAAAAAUUCCAAGUCCAAAGCAAAUCAGAUAACAGCUGCUGUAGAUUUUAAUCGCAAUGUUCCUAAUCUGAUGGUCUAUCGUUUCUCUGAUAUUGAGGUGGCUACUGAUAGGUUCUCAUUUGAAAAUAAGCUGGGAGAGGGUGGAUAUGGUCCUGUUUACAAGGGUGUAUUAUCAGAUGGACAAGAAAUAGCAGUAAAAAAACUCUCAAGGACAUCUGCACAAGGAUUUGAGGAGUUUAAAAAUGAGGUUAUGCUCACAGCAAAACUACAGCAUGUAAAUCUUGUACAAGUUUUGGGAUUCUGCGUUGAUAGAGAAGAACAUAUGCUGGUCUAUGAAUAUAUGCCAAACAAGAGUUUGGACUACUACCUUUAUGACCCCAUAAAACGAUUCAUGUUGGAUUGGAGAAAGCGUGUCGAUAUCAUUGAAGGGGUUACUCAAGGGCUUCUAUAUCUUCAAGAAUACUCCAGAUUGACAAUUAUUCAUAGAGACUUGAAAGCUAGCAACAUUUUAUUAGAUGAAGACAUGAAACCUAAGAUAUCAGAUUUUGGCAUGGCUAGAAUUUUCACCAAAGAUGGAGUUGAAGCAAACACAAACCGAAUCGUGGGCACAUAUGGUUAUGUUCCUCCUGAAUAUGUUAAGAAGGGUUUGUACUCCAUCAAAUCGGAUGUGUACAGUUUCGGGGUCCUACUUCUUCAAAUCGCACAUGAGCUAUGGAGAGAGGGCAAAGGCAUGGAAUUUGUGGAUCCCUUGCUGGAAGACACAAGUACAUCCUAUAAGUUAUUGAGAUGCAUGCAAAUAGCUCUAUUGUGUGUCCAGGAAAGCGCAAAUGACAGGCCUACCAUGUUGGAAGUCUCUUCAAUGCUUAGAAAUGAAACUACACCAGUGGCCACUCCGAAGAGACCUGCUUUCUCAACUAAAAGCAAUGAAGAUGAUGAGCAAAAGAAAUCUCACUUGCAGCAAGAAAUAAGUUCCAUCGAUAAUUCACCGAUUACAGAAGUGAAAGCUUUUAUUGGACUGGAGAAAACCGUGUUGAGAUCAUUUAAAGGGCUUUUUAUCUCUCGAGAAUACUCUAGCAACAUUUUGCUGGACGCUGGACUUGAAGCAAACACAAGUCCUAUUGUUGGGCAUAGGAAGUACCAAAUACAUUCAAAGCAAAGCUAUUUGACAGUUGACACAAGAAGAUUUGGUAACGUUCCUCUUGAAUAUUACUCUCUCAAAUCUGAUAUGUAUGCAUUUGAGGUUCUACUUUUGCAAGUUAUAAGUGGAAAGAGGAAUGCCAUUGUAUAUGGCCUGGAUAAAGUUUUAAGUCUGUUAGAUUUUGGAGGGCAUACACUUAUAAGGGGGAAAGGUGAGGAGAUCCAGCCAGUAGACCAAGAGGCGAAGGACUUGAUUACAUCUAUUUUUAUACUAACAUUGUGGCGUAUGACCUGCCUGGAAUUUAUGGAUCCCUCAUUGGAUGACAGAACUUCAGCCUGCAAACUCAUAAGAUGCAUUCAAAUAGCUGUGCUGUUUGUCCAGGAAAAUGCAAAUGAUAGGCCUACCAUGUUGGAUGUCUCUUCAAUGCUGAAAAAUGAAAACACACAAAUGGCGACUCCAAAGAGGCCUGCUUUCUCGACAAAAUGCAAUGACGAUGAGGAAAAGAGAUCUAAGUGGUCGCUGGGCGAGAGUUUAGGCUUUGCAUGUGAAAAUUCAUUAAUAGAAUUUGUUCCACAGUUCCAGUCUCUUUUCUCCUCAAAGGACUAUGGUUUACACAGUUCGUCCAACUUGAUAGAUCAAAAAGGUUAUGCCAUCAAUAACAAUAAGACAUUUUUGCUUCAAAUCAACUCCUCAAAUGAACAACCCUUCUCUAACUUCACCAACAUUCUAAAACUCAAAAAUCCAUCGAUUACUACACUUUUAUCCAUUUUGGUUGGAAAAAGUGAGUCGACAACAUUUUCUUUGAUGAUUAAUCACACUUCCAACAGAAAAUCUUUCAUUGAAUCUUCCGUAAAAACAGCCAGGCUUUAUGGCUUUCAUGGCCUGGACCUUUUUGGGGUUGUGCCUAGGAAUAUUACCAACAUGACCAGUUUGGGAAAUUUUUUGGAUGAGUGGCGAGCUGAGGUAGCUUCUGAGUCAAGAAACUCUGGUAAGACACAGUUGCUGUUAACUAUGUUGGCUCAAAGCAUGCCAAUUGUCAACUCAGUGAGUUAUCCUAUUGAUUCUACAAAGAAAAACCUGGAUUGGGUAAAUAUUAUAGCAUAUGACUACUAUGUGCCAACAGUUGACAGCUUUACUGGUGUUCAUGCCGCUUUAUAUGGUCCGUUGAGCAGGACUAACACUGAUGAUGGUAUAAAGGAAUGGUUACACCGAGCAUUUUCUGCUGACAAGCUAGUUUUAGGUUUGCCUUACCAUGGCUUUGCAUGGACACUUGUUAAAUCUGGUGACAAUGACAUUGGUUCACCAGCUUCAGGGCCGGCUGUCACAAUUGAUGGUUCAAUGGGCUUUAAGUCAAUCAAAUCAUUCAUUCAAAAUUACGGUUAUGGCGUUGAAUCUGUGUAUAAUUCUACUUAUGUGGUCAAUUUUUGCAAAAUUGGAUCGAUUUGGAUCAAUUUUGAUGAUGUGGAAGCCAUUAAAGCUAAGGUUUCUUAUGCCAAGGCGAAGGGGCUACUCGGUUACAAUGCCUUUCAACUAUCCAAUGACGAUAAUUGGGUGCUUUCUAAAGCUGGUAAGAUGAAAAAAGCUAUUGACUUGGGCCUUUCAAUGUUCACAGCUUAUGGAAUAGGCACCAGUCACCGGGCAAAGCAUCAAUUAUUGGUUAUUGUUCUGGUUAUAAUUGCAGCAGCGAUUCUCCUGAUGUGGACUAUCAUUUGUUACCUGCAAACAAAAAUAUUCAAGUCACAAGGAGUUUUGGGUACUGUGAAAAAAUCAUCAUCCUGGAUAAUAAACAAAAUAUCAGCUGAGGGAGAGCAUGACAAUGGUGCUCCUUAUCUCCAAGUUUUCAGUUUUACUAGCAUUAAAGCAGCCACAAAUAACUUUUCAAAUGAGAAUAAGCUGGGGGAGGGUGGAUAUGGACUUGUCUACAAGGAUAAGUUACCGAAGGGGCAGGAAAUAGCAGUGAAGAGGCUUUCCAAAACUUCUAAUCAAGGGCUUGAGGAAUUCAAAAAUGAGGUCACACUUACGGCACAGCUUCAACAUGUGAAUCUAGUUCGAGUUGUUGGAAUUUGUACCGAGACAGAAGAAAAAAUGCUGAUUUAUGCGUUCAUGCCAAACAAAAGCUUGGAUUUCUACCUCUAUGAUCCUGUUAAAAAGUAUCUCUUAGAUUGGAGAAGACGUAUUUUAAUAAUUGAAGGUGUUACUCAAGGGAUUCUAUGUCUCCAAGAAUACUCAAAUUUCACAAUAAUUCAUCAUGAUAUAAAGGCUAGCAACAUUUUAUUAGAUGAUGAUAUGAACCCAAAAAUAUUGGAUUUUGGUAUGGCAAGAUUUUUCAAAAAGGACGAACUUGAAGCAAACACCAGCAGAAUUGUUGGGACAUAUGGCUAUGUUCCUCCAGAAUAUGUUAAGAAAAGAAUAUACUCUAUGAAGUAUGAUGUUUGUAGUUUUGGAGUUCUACUUCUGCAAAUUGUAAGUGGGAAGAGGAAUUCCAGUCUCUAUGGCUGCAGUGAAAACUUGAAUCUUCUUGAAUAUUCGUACGAAUUGUGGAAACAAGGUCGAGGGGCUGAGUUUUUUGAUGCUUCACUGGAUGAUUCAUCUUUGUCUUGUAAGCUCAUUAGAUGCAUGCAAGUAGCACUGCUAUGCGUGCAGGAAAACCCUGCAGAUAGACCAUCCAUGGUGGAAGUUUUUAGACUCCUGAAGAAUGAAACUACUGCAGCAAUCUCUACCCCUAAGCAGCCUGCAUUUUCAGUUACAAGAGAUGAAGAGGAGGAAAGUAAAGACAUUGGCAAGAAGAAAGUUUUUUCAGUCAAUGAUGCAACGAUGACCCAAGUGGUACCUCGAUGA